AUGGAAGGAGAAGAGAAGUUCAGAGAAGAGGUUAAAGAGAUGAUGGAUAGGAUGAUGGGGAUGAUGGAGAAAAUGAUGGUGAUGCUGGAAGGAAGGAAGGAAGGGGGGAAAGGAGAGAAGGAGACGGAUAAAGAAGAGAGGUUAAAAGAAGCGGAAGGAAGCAGGACGGAAGUGAGGAGAAAGGAAGAAAGGAGGAGUGGUGAGGCGGAGAUGAGUCAGAAAAGAGAGGAGGAAGUAAAGGAAGGAGAAGCAGAAGGGAGGGAUGAAGAAGAGAAAGAAGAAAGAAGAAGAAGAGAAGAGGAGAUGUGGAGGAGGGAGAUGGAGAAGAAAAGUGAAGAGAUGGAAAAGAUGGAAGAGGAGGGGAAAAUAGGAGAAGGGGUAAAGGAGAGUGGAGUGGAAUGUUGGGAAGAGAAAGAAGAGGGGGAGAAGGUGAUAGAGAAAGGAGAAGCAGUGGGUGGUGAGGAGGAAGAGUGGUGGAAGGAGUCUUAUUCGGAAACCUCACCAACAUUUUCAACAACUUAUGAAAACGUUUACAUGAACAAGAUGCCUAUACCACACUUGAAGAAACGAAAUAUUCAAAUACUAUUCGUGCAUCCAUAA